GCAUUUCGUAAUGCAAUUCAAUUGAAAGCAAGGCUUUUGGUUGUAUUGAAAAAUGCAGUCAAUCCGCGCUUUGAUUGCAUUGACCCACAAAUCGGGCGUCAAAUCGAUUACUAAAUUGUCUCCGCUAUCACUGUCUUCAGCGAGAGGUAUGUCAUCGGCGGUGAGCGACCUAUUGGUGGGCAAGAAGUUGGUUUGGGUUGACUGCGAGAUGACUGGUCUCGAUGUGAACACCGAUCGCCUUCUGGAGGUGGCGGUGAUUGUGACCAAUGGUAAUCUCGAUACGAUCAAGCAAUUGGGUCCGUAUGUCAUCAAAACGAGUCAAACCAUUUUGGAUUCAAUGAACGAGUGGUGCGUUAAGACACACAACGAGUCCGGUCUCGUCAAACAGUGUCUCGAGUCGGACACCACUGCCGAAGAAGUGGACAAAAAGCUCUUCGAGUCGAUGCAUGAGUUGGGUAUUAGUAAUGGACUUUUGGCCGGAAAUUCCGUCAGCUAUGAUCGGCUAUUUCUGAACAAAUAUUGUCCCAAAUUCUCGUCAUGUCUUCACUACCGAACGGUUGACGUCUCGACGAUCAAAGAGUUGGUCAGAAUCUGGUAUAAGAAAGACGAGAGUUUUAAGAAGCGUUUGACGCACAGAGCCAUCGAUGAUAUCACCGAAAGUAUAGCUGAACUUCAGUUUUAUCGCGAGAACUACUUUAUAGUCAAAUGAGAUUUUCAUUUCAUUACAUGAAUUGUCGACAAAUAUUGUGUUCAUUUCGUAAUUGUUUAGUAUAUUUCAUAUAUAUUUUUACAAAACAAAAAUAAAAUAAAGAGAAUUUUAAUCCCCAAAACAUAAUUAA